AUGCGGCCGAAGCGUGCCAUGGGCGACGACGAGGGCCACUGGAAGGUGACGGGAGCUGAGAAGCCGGUCCUCGGCGGCACCGACGGCAAGGAGGUGAUAGGGACACGUCGCGCGCUCACGUUCCACGAGGACACCUUCGAGUUGAACGACUUCGUGCUGUGCAAGAUUACAAACAGGUCGCUGAGUGUGGAGGGCGACGAGGAGGAGCAACCGACACCUGACGGAGGCGGCGGCGAGCCAUACGAGAAGCAUCUCCCAGAGCAGCAGCAGGCAGGCGGUGGAGGCGCCGGGACACAGGCAGGCCAACAGCAGCCAGGACCGUCUGGCGGUGGCGCCGCGUCACAUGGCAAUCAGCAACCAGCACCGGCCGAAGCUCCGCUCCCCGACUGUGGCGUCGACCUUGGCGAUAAUAUUUUUAGUAUGGAUGUGGUGGACUGGUUUGUUUUCUAA